GCUUCCAUCGCGGACUCCCAGGGCGUCUGAGGCUGCGAGGAGCGAGCGCGCGCGAGCCGGCGAGCGGCGCAGGGACCCCGCGGGCGGCUGGGGCUCCGCGGCGCCCGCCCCCGCUCCCUCUCCUAGGGCGCUCGGUGCAGACCGGCCGGCCGGCGCCGCCUCCCGGGAAGAUGGCGCUGCACUUCCAGAGUUUGGCCGAAUUGGAAAUGUUAUGUACUCAUCUCUACAUAGGGACUGAUCUUACACAAAGAAUAGAGGCUGAGAAAACACUCUUGGAACUGAUUGACAGCCCAGAAUGUCUCAGCAAGUGUCAACUUUUAUUAGAACAAGGAACAACAUCCUAUGCUCAGCUCCUUGCAGCAACAUGUCUUUCAAAACUUGUCAGCCGAGUGAGUCCUUUGCCUGUUGAGCAGAGGAUGGACAUCAGAAACUACAUUCUGAAUUAUGUGGCAUCACGACCCAAGCUCGCUCCCUUUGUCAUCCAAGCUCUUAUUCAAGUCGUUGCUAAAAUCACUAAAUUAGGGUGGUUUGAGGUUCAGAAAGAUCAGUUUGUCUUCAGAGAAAUUAUUGCUGAUGUGAAGAAGUUUCUCCAGGGUACUGUGGAGCACUGCAUAAUAGGAGUAAUAAUCCUUUCUGAAUUGACUCAGGAAAUGAACCUGAUCGAUUAUUCCAGACCUUCAGCAAAACAUAGGAAAAUAGCUACCUCAUUUUGUGAUACCUCUCUCAAAGACAUUUUAGUUCUGGCAUGCUCUCUUUUAAAAGAGGUGUUGGCCAAACCUUUAAAUCUUCAGGAUCAAUGUCAGCAAAAUCUGGUAAUGCAGGUCUUGAAACUGGUCCUUAACUGCCUUAACUUUGACUUCAUUGGCAGUUCAGCAGAUGAAUCUACAGAUGAUCUUUGCACAGUGCAGAUUCCAACAACUUGGAGAACAAUUUUUCUGGAACCAGAAACAUUGGAUCUUUUCUUCAAUUUGUAUCAUUCACUUCCACCGCUACUGUCUCAGUUAGCACUUUCAUGUUUAGUUCAGUUUGCUUCGACAAGAAGGUCCCUAUUUAACAGUCCUGAACGUGCCAAGUACCUUGGUAAUUUAAUUAAGGGAGUAAAAAGGAUACUUGAAAACCCUCAGGGUUUGUCUGAUCCAGGUAAUUACCAUGAAUUUUGUCGAUUUUUGGCUCGUUUAAAGACAAAUUAUCAGCUGGGAGAAUUAGUUACAGUGAAGGAAUAUCCUGAAGUUAUUAGAUUGAUUGCUAAUUUUACCAUUGCUAGCCUACAGCAUUGGGAAUUUGCACCUAACAGUGUUCAUUAUUUAUUAACUCUGUGGCAAAGGAUGGUAGCAUCAGUUCCUUUUGUGAAAUCAACUGAACCCCACCUAUUAGACACUUAUGCACCAGAAAUUACGAAGGCCUUUAUCACUUCUCGGUUGGAAUCGGUUGCCAUAGUUGUGAGAGAUCACUUAGAUGAUCCACUGGAUGAUACUGCUACUGUGUUUCAGCAACUGGAGCAGUUGUGCACUGUCAGCAGAUGUGAAUAUGAAAAGACAUGUGCUCUUCUUGUGCAGUUAUUCGACCAAAAUGCACAGAAUUACCAAAAACUUCUGCAUUCAGCUUCUGGUAUAACUGUGGACAUCACAAUUCAGGAAGGACGUCUUGCAUGGCUGGUAUACUUAGUUGGGACAGUUGUAGGAGGAAGAUUAACAUAUACCAGUACAGAUGAGCAUGAUGCUAUGGACGGAGAAUUAUCCUGUCGAGUUUUUCAGCUUAUAUCUUUAAUGGAUACCGGAUUGCCUCCGUGUGCUAAUGAGAAAAUAGAGCUUGCAAUUCUGUGGUUCUUGGAUCAGUUUCGUAAAACGUAUGUUGGUGAUCAACUUCAAAGAACCUCAAAGGUAUAUGCUCGUAUGUCGGAAGUCUUAGGGAUAACAGAUGACAGCCACGUUCUAGAAACAUUCAUGACAAAAAUUGUUACAAACCUUAAAUACUGGGGAAGAUGUGAGCCUGUAAUUUCAAGGACUCUUCAGUUCCUAAAUGACCUUUCUGUUGGCUAUAUCCUUUUAAAAAAACUUGUGAAGAUAGAUGCUGUGAAAUUCAUGCUAAAAAACCACACAAGUGAACACUUCCCUUUUCUUGGCAUCAGUGAGAGUUACAGUCUCAGUGACUUCAGGUGUCGAACAACCUUCUACACAGCGCUCACUCGCCUUCUGAUGGUAGAUCUAGGCGAAGAUGAGGAUGAAUUUGAGAAUUUCAUGCUGCCUCUUACAGUUGCUUUUGAAACAGUAUUACAGAUAUUCGACAACAACUUUAAACAAGAAGACGUAAAGCGUAUGUUGAUCGGGCUGGCAAGAGAUCUUCGAGGGAUUGCCUUUGCACUGAACACAAAGACCAGCUACACCAUGCUGUUUGACUGGAUAUACCCAACAUAUCUUCCCAUUCUUCAGAAUGCUGUUGAACGGUGGUAUGGAGAGCCAGCGUGUACAACUCCCAUCUUGAAACUUAUGGCAGAACUGAUGCAAAACAGAUCCCAGCGUUUGAAUUUUGAUGUAUCAUCUCCUAAUGGAAUUCUUCUCUUCAGAGAAGCUAGUAAAAUGGUUUGCACUUAUGGUAAUCAGAUCCUGUCCCUUGGGAGCCUCUCAAAAGAUCAGAUUUAUCCAAUGAAACUCAAGGGCAUCUCCAUCUGCUAUUCAGCUCUCAAGUCUGCCUUGUGUGGAAAUUAUGUCAGCUUUGGCGUCUUCAAGUUGUAUGGGGACAACCAUUUUGACAAUGUACUCCAGGCCUUCAUCAAAAUGCUGCUGUCAGUGUCUCACAGUGACUUGCUACAAUACCGGAAACUGAGCCAGGCCUAUUAUCCACUCCUGGAAUGUCUCACCCAGGACCAUAUGAGCUUCAUCAUCAACUUAGAGCCUCCUGUACUCAUAUAUGUUCUCACGUCUGUCUCACAGGGACUCACUACUUUUGAUACAGUUGUCUCCUCCAGCUGCUGUACCAGUUUAGACUCCAUCGUCACGUACCUCUUCAAGCACAUAGCAAAAGAGGGCAAGAAGCCACUUCGAUGCAGAGAGGCUACCCAGGCUGGUCAGAGACUAUUUCAUUUUAUGCAGCAAAACCCAGAUGUCCUGCAGCAGAUGAUGUCUGUCCUCAUGAACACCAUUGUCUUUGAAGACUGUCGGAACCAGUGGUCAGUAUCCAGGCCUCUUCUGGGGCUCAUCCUGCUCAAUGAGAAGUGUUUCAGUGAACUGAGAGCAAGUUUGAUAAACAGCCAGCCUCUCCGCAAGCAGGAAGUCCUUGCCCAGUGCUUCAGGAACCUAAUGGAAGGAGUGGAGCAGAACCUGUCCGUCAAGAACAGAGACAGGUUCACCCAAAACCUAUCUGUAUUCAGAAGAGAUGUAGCCGAGGCUCUGCGCAGUGAUGGCCACACCGAACCAUGCAGUCUGGACAUGAUGAGCUGACCUGACUUUUCUGACCAUGUGUGGAGCAGCCUUUAUCAAGAGACUCUUGAAGGUCCGGGUCUCAGAACAGUGAUGUUGGCUAGCCCAGGGGAAUCUACUUUUCAAAAUAUGCUAACCACAACAAAAGCCCUACCUUCUUGCACGUCUAGCCUAAUUAUGAGAAUUUAUAAUAGUACACAGUGUAAAUUCAGUCUUUUCUCUGAAAAGCAAAGGAUGUGUUUUCACAUCCUUUUCAGUCUUUCUAUCAAAUACCAUCUUUGUUCUCUUAAUGCUCUGAAAGGAUAUAGAAACAGUAUUUAACCAAAGAACAUAAUAAACCAGGUUUGCACCUAA